UCUGCCGAAAUUCUGGUAAGAAAAUGUAGUGAGUUAACACAAAUUGUCUCCAGGAAAGGAGUAAGUCCACUACUGGUGUCUGUCAGGCGGUCUCUUUAUAAGGACAUGAUUUGGUACCUUGCUUUGGUAACAAGACUUGAGCUUAAUAGCCCUACCUGUCCCUUCACUGGGACUCUAUCCACCGAGCUCUUUUGUAAUCUCAUUUAUUCAGGUUUUAAUGAUAUAACCUUAUAUCUACUUCGGCAGUCCGAUGGCCACAUUAGAUAUCCUUCAGGCGAGUUGAAGGGCCGUAUGCUGCAUUGGUUGUCAACGGGGCCUUGGAACGUCGUUAUUAACAAAAACAGCCUUACUUUUAUUGAAAGAUGGUUAUAUAAAUUUAUUCAUGUGGAAAUCGGAAUACCGCCCCAUUCACUUAGAAACAAGGAAGGCGUCCCAGCAUUGACUCCCCCGGAACCAUCAAGGAGCUACUUAUCUCAAGAGUUUGUAUUUCUUGAGGAAAAUUUGUUAUAA